CCCCUCAUUAUGUCAUCCAACGACAACCCUUCGGCGCGCGACGACGCUACUUCGCCACAUCCUCUCUUGAACGCACGAGGUUCACGCACUCGGAGUUUAGCCCGAUUUAAUAUUUUUUAUUUUUAUUUUAUUUUAAUUUUCUUAUUUUCUGGAUUAUUUUCUAUUUUCCUAUUUUGAAUAUUUAUUUAUUUACUAUUGAUCCUUAUCAGAUCUCUUCUCUCUACAAUCUCACUGCUAUAACGUCCUUAACAACUGCAACUGCACUGCAGACACCGCUUGAAUCCGACGUCGGAGUCUAUGCCGAGCUGAGCCGACCGGGCUCAACAGUGAAGGUUUAGCCCUGUUUGACAUAUAAACCCCACACUCCUCCUCUCUUCACCUGAUAUCAGCAAUUGCUGUUGACAAUAACAGCAAUGGACUACACAGAAUCAAGAGUCGAGAUCCCAGUCUCCGCCUCCUCCUCCCCGCCAAACUCCCUCAUCAUCGGCACACUCACCACCCCGUCCACACCCUCCUACCCCUCCUCGGUCGUCGUCGUCGCGCACGGCUUCUCCGGCCACAAAGACUACAUCUACCACCGCGUGCUCGCCAGCAAGCUCGCCUCUAAGCUUGGGGUGUAUUGUCUGCGGUUUGACUUUCGCGACUGCGGCGACAGCGCGGAGAUUGAGACAGAAGAGAAACGCGUGCUAGAAGAGGAUUAUAGCGAUCUUAAGGAUGUGUUGGCUUAUGCUCGCCAGCAGCUCAAGCUGUUUGUUCUGGCUUCAGUUGGCCAUUCGAGAGGCGCCAUCGCGACACUCACAUACUCUGUGCUCUACGACCCAACCAUCCCCCACCUCAUCAACUGCUCAGGCCGCUACACCUCGCACGACAUCGUCGAACGCACAAACAUGAUGUCCUCCACCUGGCAAGAAGACAACGGGUUGUACUUCAAAUGCCUCCGCCACGGCAGCGUCAGCAAGAGAUGGUUCGCCGCCGCGGAGACGCACUCGCUGUCCACGGUCGACAUGUCGAUGCUCGCGCGCCUGCUCCCGCCCGCGCACGACACUGACUUUUUGACAAUCUUUGGAUUAGCAGACGAGUUGAUCGCCGUCACCGACGCAGCAUGCUACGCUAAUCUCCUCGCGGGCGCUCAUACGCUGAAACUCAUCCCUGAGGUCGGCCAUAAUUUCUACGCGAUCGCAGCUGACGGCACAAAGCUGGCGAAUAAAAACCCCGAGGUCGCAGACACCAUCGUCGACUUUCUUUCCCCCGAGCGUAUUCGCGAGCGAUUCGUGAAGAGGAAUUUGUUUAUGGGCGAAACCAGGCGCUGGAAAACCGUCGACGGCGUGCUCAACUUCCGCGACCUCGGCGGCUGGAAGGUCAAGUCUGCUACUACUGCUGCUGCAGCUCCGCGCGUCCGCACCGGAUUCAUCUACCGCGCCGCUGCGCUCUCAACAAUCACGCCCACCGGCGUCGACGCCGCGAAAGAACUCGGCCUGCGCAAGUCGAUUGAUCUGCGCUCGACAGUCGAAUGCCACAAAGGCGGGAUCUACGCGGUGCCGGGUAUGGAGCGCGUGCACUUACCUCUAGGAAAGAACGAGGAUAUGUCGCCGGCGGAGAUUGCAAAGAAGUUGAGUUCGCUUGAUGUCAGCGAUGAGGAAGGGUUUGUGGCUGUUUAUAAGGAUUUCUUGGAUCAGGGAGUGAGGAGUUAUAAGUAUGUCUUUGAUCAUAUCAAAGAUGAACCGCAAGCUCCUAUCGUCAUCCACUGCACCGCCGGAAAAGACAGAACAGGCGUGAUCUGCGCCCUGAUCCUCCUUCUCGCAGGCGUAGACCACGACACGAUCGCACGCGAGUACGAACUGACGACCCACGGGCUCGCGGCCGAGUACGAAAAGAUCCUCGCGGGAUUAGAUGGCUCGCUUCCGCCGGGAGCCGAGGAAGGAACGCGGAACCAGAUUCUUGAGCGCAUCAUGAGUUCUCGAUACGAAACGAUGAGAAAAAUGCUGGACGUGAUUGACGACGAAUUCGGCGGCGUCGAGGGAUACCUUUCUACCCACCUCAGCUUCUCGCCCGCCGACAUCGCGACCAUCAAACGCAACCUGCUCACCGACGCCGACGCCUCUGCAAAGGCCAACCUUUAGUCUUAUACAGUAUUUAAUAGAAUAUAGACAGUAGUUAUCAUCAGUAGUGUACCUCGGCUUCGGCGUAGAGGUCGUUGGGUUAGGGUCUUCACGUGGGAGAUAUUGUUGCGGGGGGCCUUGUUGAGAUGUUUAAAUCAGAU